AUGCCCAAUACAACCACGUCGCUGACAACCGGAGACGCAGACGCAUAUUCACAUUUGACCACAUAUUUGCGGCUCACACAGACAGUGAAGAUGAGGAGGGGCAGAAACAGAUUUACGAAUGCGUGGGUCAGGAAGCACUGUCUUCCAUUCUGGAGGGAUACAACAGCAGUUUGUUUGCCUAUGGAGUUACUGGGACGGGAAAAACCUACACAAUAUUUGGGACAAA